AUGGAGAGCUGUAUGUCAGGAGUCAGGCCCACUGAGGAAACGUUAUGCAGCAAUACCCUUACUUGUUUCAGUCACGCCUGCUCAGUGACAAACCAGAACAUCGUGAUUUCGACCCGGCCACCACAGCCGUACAAAAGUAUGAGGACAGCGACUAUCAACCGUUAUACUUCGUCGCUCAGAGCAUUGAAGACGCGCUGUCGAAGCUCAGAGAGUACGCACGUUCUUUCGAGCGUCCGUUUGCAGUCGUGUACGAUCCAUUUACAAGGAGUGUUGAGGUUAUUCGUGAUUUCGCUGAUUUUGAACCUGCUCUACAACGAUUCCGCAUGGAAUUCAGCUCUACCAUUCGUGCAAUUGACAAUCUGA